UUGGCGUUGGCGUGUUCAUCUAGAAUAAAUUACUUCUAAAAUAAUUGGAAAAUAAUCAUGACAAAGUGAGAUAUCGCAUAAAACAACAAUUAUUUGUUAAAUCAGUUUCAUCUAGCUUGAAGUAUAUCCUUAUUUCAUUCAUUUAGAGCGCAGUAUAUUCCAGGAGGACACCGAAGUUCUAUCGCCUACUAUUUAGUACGGCUUUGUAAGAAACUGCAGUCUGUGACAUUAUCAGAGUAGGUAAUAUGGAGGCGGAAUCAAUUACGGAACCCCAAGCAAAAAGGCAGAAGACGGAAGUGGAGAAUGUAAAUGAAACAAUACCAGAGAUAUCAAAUGAUAUAGAUAUUACGAAUAAAGUUCUUGAUCCUGAUACAUAUACGAAUUUUGUGACACCCGAAGAAUUAGAGAGGUUACAGGAAUAUAAAGUUUUAGAUGAAGUUAAAUCAAAUGAUGAAGAUAGUAAUGACGAGGAAUCUGAAAGUUCUGAUGGUAAAGAAGAUCUACCCGAUGAGGAAAUAGAGAAGAUGCUUGAAGAGGAUCUACCUGAUGGUUUCAAACGCGCGCCAAAGCCUAAAGAAAAGCCAUAUGUGACAAGACAGAAGAUUGUGUUACAAGAGAAGGGAGUGAAUCAUUUCGAAGUGUUGCCGCUGGAUUGGAUGAUGGUACGUCAUUACAGUGGCAUGCCGAUCUACAUGCACCGCACCACGCGCGUCUGUACCCUGUCUAAGCCUUAUUUCUUAGGGAAGGGUAAUACCAGGAGACACGAUAUACCAAUCAGUGCUAUACCCUGUCUAUCAUAUAGGACAGCGUUAGAAGAAGAACAGAAACAGAAAGAAAUAGAUCAAAAGAUACAAGAGCAAAUCAGAAGUGGUUCCUGGGCUAAUGUUAGUCAAACAAACUCUUGCGUUCAAGAAAAUCAAACUGAAAAAGACAAUGAAACAAUAGUUAAGAAAGAAACUCAAAUCGUAGAUAUGGAUAAUGUAAAAAUUGAAAGAAAUGACGAAGAAUAUUCUAUCAAUGGUAAUAAAAUUGAAGCAUUCGAAGUCGAAAUAAAAGGAAUUAAAGUCAAAAGUGACGCAGAAUUAUUAGCUAAAGAAAUCAAAACUGAUGAAAAUCAAGACGAAAAUACAGACUUAUCACUAAGGUGUCCAUUUAUUGGCCAGAAUGCUAACGAAAGUACAGAAACGCAAGUAAAUGAAGAUAUACCGUUAAGUAGACAGCCGGUAGUGUUGCCAGGAGGUAUAGUGAUGCCACCACCGAGAGUGGAAUCUGUAAAUUCCAGUUGGAAAACGCAACAUCUGACACCGGAACAAAUAAACGAUUAUUGUAAACGUCUCUUCAAGUUUAGAACAGUAAAUAUAAUGCAUUUCAACCGAUGGGCGGAUCGCCGUAAGUAUACAAAAGCCAGGAAGACACUGCAGUAUCCCACAUUGCCCGAGGGAACUAAACUCAUCACCAUACCAGCGCAGAACACGGGCACCGAGAAUGGUAACAAGGCGGCGAAACGCGACUGGGUGAUGAACAUGAACGGGCGCUGCUACCUCUCCGUGUUCCACGAGUACGUGUACCGCGCGCUGCAGAAACAACCUGUCUACGAGUUUAAACAACUCGAGAACGCGUCGACGCCGUACCAGGCGACGGUGUACAUCGGCGGCAUGCAGUACGGCGUGGGCUACGGCUCCAGCAAGCGCCAGGCCAAGUCCGCGGCCGCGCGCGCCUCCAUACACAUCCUCAUACCGGAGAUGCGCGACCAGAUUGAACCUGCGCCCGCGCAGCAGGAGCCCGACUUCUCGUUUUUCGACUACGUGAGUAUCGAGGACCCUCGUAUCUCCGAGUUCUGUGCGGCGACGUGCGAGCCCUCCCCGCACGCCAUACUGCGGACUUGCCUGCUGAGGAACUUCGGUGCUGGAGACAGACAUAUACAUACUGAGAUGAAGAAGCUGGAGUACCAGAAGAUCGAGCUGACGAUGAAGGUGGGCAAGCACAGCGCCACCGUCGUCUGCAAGAACAAGAAGACCGCGAAGCAGCGCGCCUCGCAGUCCAUACUGCAGGCGUUACACCCUCACGUGAGAUCCUGGGGCUCUCUUCUGCGUCUCUACGGCUCUCGUUCUGUAAAGAGUUGCAAAGAGAAGAAGCUAGAAGAACAGCAGAUCACCCUCUUGCAGGACAAAGCGCGUCAGAACGAGCCGAAUUACGCCGUGUUGGAGAAACUGCGCAAUGAAAUGCUUAAAUUAAGGGAAAGGGAUGAAGCCGUGGUACCUAUAGGCACCCUCCUCCUCCCCGCAGACCUCCCCCCUUCUGCUUCUGAUCUCAAUCAUGUCCAAUUGUAACAUCCAUACAAUUUACUAUUUUUCAUCCCCCCCUAUCUGUCAGAUUAGUAAGUACAUUUUUGCUAGAUAUGACUGUUGCUCGCGAUUUCGCCCGUGUGAAAUUAAAAAAAAAAAACUGAAUAUAACCUAUAAAUAAACCUUUCUAAUG